AUGGCGCCGGCGUCGCGGCGGAAGUGCUACAGACGUACGACCUUCAAGGGGGAGAAGCUGCCGCCGCCGCUGGAGUGGACCUUUAAUGUCGGAGAACACUCCGAAGACUUUGAGGAGUACAUUCGUUUGCAGCGAGAUCAACUGACGGACCCUGAUAACCAAGAUCCGCCAUUAGCGAACCAUCCGAACCUCCACCUGCUCCGGCGGACCACAAGACGGGAGCCCAGGCGGUGGCUUCACCUUAGGAUGGUGACCGACAACGACGAGAUCAUUGUGUGGAUCCGCACCGACAACCUCUACGUCGUCGGCUUCGAGCAGGUGCGAGGGGGAAGGAGGUACGAGACGAACCCCGACGAUGAUUCUAAGGAGGAGAACAAAAGGGAUAAAGAGAAGAAAGCCAAAAAGAAGAAAGAAAAAGGGGGCCAGGCGCAACAGCAACGCCAGCCACUGAUACCGGGUGCGACAUUCCUCGGAUUUGGUGGCGGGUACGGCGACCUCGGUGAGCUGCAGUCGUUGGAGGAUCCGACGCCGGGUAGCAGUAGCAGGCCAUCACAGGAGUUUGGGUGGCAGCAGCUGGCGGAUGCCAUCCGCGGUUUGGCCACGUACACGCGGGAGGCGCCCGGGAAUGUUCGACGCUGGCUUCGAACCAUCGUCGUCACCGUGAGCGAGUCCCUCAGGCUACACAACGUCUGCCAGCAUAUCGGCCAGCUUCUGCGGGAUUACACGAGCGGGUGGCUGACCCAACGCUUGAUCGACUGCAUCCAUGACUGGGACGAUCUCUCGGCGUGUGUGAUAGCUAGCGCCACCGAUCCGGAAGGCGACGCUCGUGGGCGGUACAGCCAGCUGAGUCACAUCUGUGAAAACACCGACGAGGCUUGUACGCUUGUGGCCAUCCUCAAAACUGGUACUGAUCCCGACGAAGACGACAAGGACAAGCCAGGCCCGAGCCACCGCCGUCCCAAGCGUGAGGCCGCCGCCGUCGACGGAGACGUCCCCGGCCUGCGGGGGCUAACCUUCGUCGAGAUCUUCUCGGCGGUCGUGCAACUCCGGGGCAGAAUCAGCACGUUGACGAACAGGAACCUGCAGCUGUACGGGCACAUCGCCAUCGACGACGGCCUCGGCUCGGGUUCUUCUCAGCUGCUCUUUAUGCGUGGCCGCUCCAACGCCCUGCCGAGUGCUGACGGCCGCGUCCAGCUCACCGGCCCGGCGAGGGCGGUGUGGGGAUACGGUGAGAUCGUCAUGCGCGUCGACCUCAUGGACGCCAUCCCGGGCUUCGUCGCCGACAUGACGCCCGACGACGAGAUCGGCUCGGGGAAGCUGGUAUGGAACACGUACGACACGCCGGCGAUGGUCUACGACGAGGUGGAGUACGUGUUCGAGGGGGUGUCGGGCAAUGUCAACGUCCGCUGCGCCGUCAUCACCAACGCCGUUGUGGCCACCGUGGUGCUCAGGAGGCGCACCGGCACCAGCAGCGGACACAAAAUCGACGUCUACGGCACCGUCUCCGCCGCCACGGCCAUGUUCGGCCCACAGGAUAAGGUCACCCUCUUCGACAGGCAGUGGAAGGACGCCGUCUCCGUGGGGACCAACGACGACGUCCCGCUGCUGAGGAACGUCGUCGUCGUGCCGCUCCGUUCGGCUCUCACGAUAUGCGCCGAUCUGUGGACCAGGGCCCAAGUCGCGGACAUGUCGGCUGACGACCGGAUCUCAUCCGGGCCUGUGGCUGUGUUUCUGUCCAUCCCAUUUGGGGUGGUCUGGAAGGGGCUCGGCGGCGGCGACCUCGAGGUGUCCGUCACCUGGUCGCUCAACUAACUAGAUCGAUCCCUGCUUGCUUAUAAAUGUCUGAAUAAUAAACCGGGUGUGCGUCACCUGAUCGUUUUUUUUCCUUUUUCAUCUUGUUGUUGCUUGCUUGUGUGCUACAUGCAUCCUUCCAUAAUCCAUUCAUAUGCAUUAAUAAUUGGUCCAUCCAUCCAUC